AUGAGAUCUGGUCAGCUCCACCACCCCGACCCAAACCAUCCAUACAACCUGCCCACAUGGAGGAAGCUGCUUAUGCUCGCUACCGUCUCGCUCACUGCGUUUGCAGCCAACGAGAUGGCCGCAGCACAUCUAACUGCUUUCCAUCUAGUCUCGGUCAGCUACCACCGCACGAUUGCCGCAAUCGCCAACACAAUCGGCAUUGGAAUUCUUGGUCUGGGCACUGGUCCACUUCUAUGGAAUGCGCUGGCAGAGUCGAUCGGUCGUCGACCGACCUACAUUAUCGCUUGGACGCUCUACAUCCCCUGCACCGUGUGGCUCUCGAGAGCUGGCAGUUACGAUAGCUUCGCCGCCGCUCGUUACUUUGCUGGUUUCAUGAGUUCGGUGUCGCAGACAGUUCCGGCCUCGCUGAUCUCGGAGACGUUCCAGCCAGAGCACCGAGGUGCCGCGGUUGCUGCAUGGACUGUACUGCUCAUUGCUGGUCCUGUGGUUGCGCCUGUGAUCGGUGCCGGUAUCUUGACGAGGACGGAGGAUUGGCGAUGGGUCUACUACCUCACUCUGAUUCUUGCCGGUCUUCUUUGGUUCUGCAUCUUGCUCUUUGUUCCCGAAACGAGAUACAUUCCCAACCCUAACGCUCCCACCACCACAGCUUCGCACAAUCGAACCUCGACACUCGAAGAUUCCGAAAAGAAGGAUUCACACUCGAUCGAGCACGGCACCUCCACUCCACCCCUUGCCAACUCGAACACGCUCGAGAGCGGCUCUUACGGCCGCGUGGGCGCAGCAUGGUAUCCGUGGAAGGAACCAGUCCGAUUUCUCAACGAAGUUGUCGCUCCGCUCAAGAUGGCCAUGUACCUUCCCCUGAUCCUACCUUCCAUCCUUUAUGCGGUGAUCUUUAUGUGGUCGGUUGGUUUCACGGUCGUCAGCCCUCAAGUGUUCCCUCGCCCACCUUGGCAUUUCACCAACGUUCAAGUAGGUCUGGCCUUUAUUGCUGCCGCCGUGGGUGCUCUGAUUGGCAAGUUUGCAGGUGGAUACGUUUCCGAUUGGACGGUAGACUUUUUCGUGCGCCGAUCCGGUAGCAAUGCUCGCAUUCCCGAGUACCGUCUCUGGGCGCUUUUGCCUCACGUUGUUUUGCUCACGCUUGGCCUGCUGCUCUACGGAAUUGGUUACAAUAACAAGCUUGGCUGGCCAGUUGAAGUGGUUGGUGGAAUCGGCGUUUACUACGUCUCGAAUUCGGCCGCGGGAGGUAUCUUGCAAACGUACAUAAUCGAGUCCUACAUCACCAAGGCGGUCCACGGCAUUGCGCUAUUCAACUUUGUCAAGUGCUGCCUGGCUUUCUCUGCACCCUUCUUUGUCCCCGAAUGGGCAUUUCAAGGGUUUACAAAGGCCUACGUAGUCCAGGCCGUCGUCACCGCCGCAUUGACUUUGGCAACACUCGUAGUGCUGUUGCUGUUCGGCGCCAAGUUGCGCCGUGCUCAGAAGAUGGUCUCGACUGCCUAA